GUAGCCGUUAUGGGGUCCUUUUCUCGUUGAGCUGGGAAGGAUUAUCAGCCAACAUGCCGACUGUCGGAGUGAAACAGGAACUUCUGUUCAAGGCUCUGGGCAAAACCUACACUGACGAAGAGUUUGACGAGCUGUGCUUUGAGUUUGGCCUGGAGCUGGAUGAAAUAACCUCAGAAAAGGAGAUCAUCAGCAAAGAGCAGGGCGACUGCAAGGCGUCAGGUGCAUCUGACGUCAUUCUGUACAAGAUUGACGUACCUGCCAACCGCUAUGACCUGCUGUGUCUGGAGGGGCUGGUUCGUGGUCUGCAAGUCUUCAAGAAUAAGUUGGAGGCACCUCGCUACAGACGUGUGCGUCCAGCCAGUGGAGGCCCUCAGAGAUUAAUCAUCACUAAGGAGACGGCAGCGGUACGACCCCACGCUGUGGCAGCCGUGUUGAGGAACAUCACCUUCACACAAGAGCGCUAUGACAGUUUUAUCGAGCUGCAGGAGAAGCUACAUCAGAACAUCUGCAGGAAAAGGAGUCUGGUGGCCAUCGGGACCCAUGACCUCGACACCAUUUCCGGACCUUUCACAUACACAGCCAAACCCCCCGGAGAUAUCAGCUUCAAGCCACUCAACCAGACCAAAGAGUACACUGCAACCCAGCUCAUGAGCCUGUACAAGACUGACAGUCACCUGAAGCAUUAUCUCCACAUUAUCGAGGACAAACCUGUGUACCCGAUCAUCUAUGACAGCAAUGGUGUAGUCCUGUCUAUGCCUCCGAUCAUCAAUGGGGAUCAUUCAAAGAUCAGCCUGCAGACGAAAAAUGUCUUCAUCGAGUGUACGGCCACAGACCUGACCAAGGCAAAGAUUGUGUUGGACAUGAUGGUGACCAUGUUCAGCGAGUAUUGUUCUCAGCCAUUCACGGUGGAGGAGGCAGAGGUGGUGUACCCAGAUGGGAAGACCUGCAUAUAUCCUGAACUGGCCUACAGGAAGGAGAAGCUGUCUGGAGAGUUCAUCAACAGAAAAGUUGGCAUCAACGAAUCCACUGACAAAAUCGCUCAGCUGCUAACCCGGAUGUGUCUCCGCUCUCAAGCCACCGGUGUUGCUGAUGAGAUCGAGGUGGAGAUCCCGCCCACCCGUUCAGACGUCAUCCACGCCUGUGACAUCAUGGAAGAUGCUGCCAUUGCCUACGGUUUCAACAACAUCACCCGUACCACGCCUCGCACCUACACGGUAGCCAACCAGUUCCCUCUGAACAAACUGACUGAGCUGCUGAGACAAGACCUGGCAGCUGCAGGAUUCACUGAGGCCCUCAACUUUGCUCUGUGUUCUCAAGAAGAUAUAGCAGACAAGCUUAGGAAGAAGAUGUCAGAGACCAGAGCGGUUCAUAUUUCCAAUCCCAAGACCGCUGAAUUCCAGGUGGCGCGCACCACCCUGUUGCCAGGCCUGCUGAAAACUGUGGCUGCCAACAGGAAAAUGCCCCUUCCCCUCAAACUGUUUGAGAUAUCGGACAUUGUGCUGAAGGAGGAGACCAAAGAUGUUGGGGCGAUGAACAGCCGCCGUUUCUGUGCCAUUUACUACAACAAGAGUCCAGGUUUCGAGGUGAUCCACGGCCUGUUGGACCGGACCAUGCAGCUACUGGACGUGAAGGCAGCACCGGGAGAAGGAUACCACAUCCAGGCUUCAGAUGAUUCCACUUUCUUCCCCGGGCGCUGUGCUGAGAUCUUCGUCUGUGGAAAGAGUGUUGGGCGUCUUGGAGUCCUCCACCCGGACGUUGUCAACCGCUUCGAGCUCACCAUGCCCUGCUCUGCCCUGGAGAUGGACAUCGAGCCCUUCCUUGGCCACACUGCUGAAACCCUCCUCACACACGACGUUCCCAUGCAGGAAUUCAUCACACACAAGUUUCCCACGCAGGCCCCGCCCCCCUACCUUCGCUCCACAAAAACUGUGUUUGGUGACAUGAACACACACACGGGCCUCAAAGCUCUCAAUGUUUUCCUGGCAGACAGAAGCUACAUAGAGGGCUUCAUGGCGUCCCAAGCAGACACCGCCAUGUUCGACGCCAUCCCCUCUCCUCCCACGCACACCUUCUGCCACGUCAGGCGCUGGUACAACCACAUCCAGUCGUUCCAGCUGGAGAGAGCUUAUCUCCCAUCAGCCAGCAGCAAGUUUGUACUCCCCCUCACUCCCCCCACUUCCACUAACAACACCAGCGAUGAUGAAAUCGACCUUUUUGGCUCAGACGAUGAGGCCGAGAGCGAGGAGGCGGCCAAAAUCAAGGAGCAGCGCCUUGCUGAGUAUGCCGCCAAGAAAUCCAAGAAGCCUGUGCUUGUGGCCAAGUCCUCCAUCCUCCUGGACGUGAAGCCCUGGGACGAUGAGACGGACAUGGCCAAGCUGGAGGAGUGCGUCCGCAGCAUCAGCAUGGACGGGCUGCUGUGGGGGCAGUCCAAGCUGGUCCCGGUGGGCUACGGCAUCAAGAAGCUCCAGAUUGGUUGUGUGGUGGAGGAUGAUAAGGUGGGGACGGAUCAGCUGGAGGAAGCCAUCACUGCCUUCGAGGAGCAUGUUCAGUCUGUGGACGUAGCUGCCUUCAAUAAGAUCUGAUGUUUGUAACCGUUCAGAAGUUUUUCCUACAAACUCAGGUGCUUCACGUAGAAAAGACUCCUCAUCCUUUCAUAUAAACCAAUCUUUAAAUAAAGCUGUUCUAACUUC